GUGGUUUGCAGGGCUGCGUUUUUGAAUGCAAUGGCUUGCAAGGGAACUUCCCAAGUCAAAGCGCUCCCAGUGUGUUAACACAGGUAGAAUCUUGACAGGGGUUUUACAGUUUCGAAUGGUAGGUGCUGCCCCUUUGACGAUUGUUAACUGAGCAAAAAGGAGAGCAGCUGCCUCCCCCGAACAUAAUGCUGUCUUCAUUUUCUGUUCUCAGGAAUUGCCACUCAUUUCUAUUCAAAAGCACAGUUUGAGCCCUUUUUCUCGUUUUAUGAUUCUUGCUCCAAACCCCUGUUUCUGAUGCUCUGAGCAAAGGCCGGAAGGAGAGGACAUGAUUUCCUGGGGCUGGAGAUGGUGGGCACACUUGUGUGGAAAAGAUGUCUUCAGAAACAUACCAGAGCAAAAGAAUCGAAGCAUCUCUUCGCUUUGGAGGUCCUACCACCAGAGGACCUCUGGGAGCCUCCUCGAUCCGGAGAUAAGAAAGUUUUUGGAAGAGAACACUGAAAUCACCAGCAGUGGGAAUCUGACACCAGAAAUAAAGUUACGGCUUCUGACUCCUCACUGUCGAUUCUGGAAGGAAAAAGCUGCCUUGUGGCCAUAUAAAGAACCCUACUGGGCAAUCUAUUGGCCUGGAGGUCAAGGACUAUCCAGAUACCUUCUUGAUAACCCUGAGGUUGUCCAAAUGAAGAAAGUUCUAGAUCUUGGAAGUGGCUGUGGAGCCACAGCCAUAGCAGCUGUCAUGAGUGGUGCAUCUGAAGUUGUUGCCAACGACACUGACCCUAUUGCAGGAGCUGCCUUAAUGCUAAACUGUGAACUGAACAAAGUGAAUCCCUUCCUCUUCGUAUCGGACAACCUGAUUGGCUCGGAGGUUGACAGCUGGGAUCUCAUUGUCCUAGGGGACAUGUUUUAUAGUGAACAGCUGGCAAACAACCUUCAUCAGUGGCUGAAGAAAUGUAUUCGCACCUAUGGAACUAAAGUGCUGAUUGGCGACCCGGGCAGGCAUCACUUUGUGUGCCACCAGAUUCACAGUCAGUUGCACAAAGUCACGGAGUAUUCUCUCCCAGAAUUAACCCAGCAAGAAAGCAAUGGGUCAACCAGCACCAUGGUCUGGCAUUACCGCCCGUAACACCGGAUGACACCCCAGCUCAGAAAUGCUGGAUUACCUUGCGUGACUCACGGCACUUUGUUCUGUUUCUGGCACAUCCAAAUUUUGACUAAAGCCCAUAAAUAAUCAUUCCUCUGUGACUUAACUAAAGAGCUUGUUCAUGUAAACUGGGACAAAAGUAAUACAAAUAUUUUCCUCCUAAGGCCAAUAUAACUAAGUGGAAUCAAAUGUGAGCAUGCCAGUAUGUGGCCAGUGUUUUUGUCUAUAGUUCUCAAAAACUCAGUGAAAAUGGUUAUUAUUCUGACUUAGUUAAUAUGUGCGUGCCUAAUAAAAUACCUUACUAUUUUGAGAUCAAAUA